AUAUAACACUUUUUAUUGCAGAAAUGAAUGGGUAAAUGUAAAUUGCUAUAAACAAUCAUACAUGUCGAUAUUUUGAGAGCAGUGCGCCGUUCAGCUUUCUCUGCAUUCUGCAAACAUUGGCAACGGUGAAUAAAUAACAGGUGAUGGAGCUGCCGUCUUCUCAGCUGGGUACCAAAGAAUACUGGGAUGCUCAAUAUGAAAGAGAGCUUUCCAACUUUGAGAAUCAUGGAGACAUUGGUGAAAUUUGGUUCGAGGACAAUGUAGACAGACUACUGGAAUGGAUACUAGAUACAGACCUGAUCACCACCCAGUCAUCUAUAAUUGAUAUUGGGUGUGGAAAUGGAGCAUUUCUUCUUAAUUUGGCAGCAGAAGGUUUUACCAAUCUGCAUGGUAUUGACUAUUCCCAGAAAGCAGUAGAGCUAGCACAAAGUAUUGCUGCUCAAAAGGAGAUGAACAUAACAUAUAAGAAAGUUGACCUUGUAAAAUGUAGUGGUGAGAGCUUGGCUGUAGAAUAUGAUGUGUGUCAUGAUAAGGGAACAUAUGAUGCAGUAUCGCUUUGUCCAGACGAUCCCAGCAGCAAGAGGGCAGCAUACAUAAAGGCUGUACACUGUAUGACCCGGAAGAAUGGCCUCUUCAUUAUCACCUCAUGCAACUGGACACAAGAGGAACUUUAUGAACACUUUUCAGAUUAUUUCAUUGUAGAACACAUAAUUCCUAUGCCAACUUUCAUGUUUGGAGGAAAAGUUGGUUCACGUGUAAGUAGUGUAGUUUUUAAAAAGAAACUACAAAAUCCAUAGAAAUAUUUCAAUAUUAUUACAUUAAAAUUCUUAUGACAUACAAAA